CGGGGGGGAAGGGAGGGAGGAUGAGGGGCAGCGUGGCAAAACUUGGGGAUUUUGGGGUACACCUGGGAACCUAUGGCUGAGGUGCCGGUGUGGGAUUUCGGGAGCAGGGCGUCGCGAGUCAGGUUUCAGUCUCUCCUGAAAGCUGGUGAGGUGGUGGGGAUACAACUGGUAUCCCCGGUACUGCCCCUCGCUACUUUCUGAGUGUUGACUUCAGUUUUUACACCUUUUGCAUCUGGAAUUAACGUCUCGAUGCGGUUCUUCUGAAAACCGAAUUAGUCUGCAGCUCUGGCUUUGCCCUCUUUCCUUGCGCUUCGUUUUUAGAAGUUAAGUACAAUUCAGCAAUCAAAGGUUGAAGGCAGUAUUAAUCACAAAGCUAGUAUACCCUCCCUGAGUACAUAAUUACUAUCUAGAGAGGUGUGUGCUCAACGAUUCUGAGGGUAGCUAGGAAACAAAUGCUCUCAGGAUUAUAGUUCUGGUAAUUUAGGACUGCUGCUUCUGGUUUUGAUGUCUCAUUAUUUAUAGACCGAUCCCCAAGAUUCAGGCUCACGUACACUCUCUGGAGAAUGUCCCGUAUGCUUUCACGCAGUGCAGCGAGAUGGAUGACUUUAAGCCUGCAUCUAUUGAUAUGUCCUGUGAAGGAGACCUUGAAGUUGGCAAAGGUGAACAGGUGACAAUAACACUGCCAAAUAUUGAGGGCUCAACUCCACCAGUGACUGUGUUCAAGGGCUCAAAGAAGCCUUACCUAAAAGAAUGUAUCUUAAUUAUCAACCAUGACACUGGAGAAUGUCGUCUAGAGAAACUUAGUAGCAACAUCACUGUGAAAAAAACCAGAGCUGAAGGAAGCAGUAAAGUCCAGUCUCGCAUAGAGCAGCAACAGCAGCAAAUGAGAAAUGCAACUAAGGUUCCAAACAAUGUUAAAAAUUCUCCAUCAAAAGAAAAGAUGUUUCCGUCUUCUCCUAUGGAUGAUAUUGAACGAGAGCUAAAAGCAGAAGCCAGUAUCAUGGACCAGCUGAGUAGCUCUGACAGUUCAUCUGACUCUAAAAGUUCUUCAUCCUCUUCAUCUAGUAGUGAAAAUAGUUCUAGUGAUUCUGAAGAUGAGGAAAUGAAGCCCUCUCUUCCUAUGUCAAUGCCAUAUUUGCAGCCACAGCCUACUGUGUCUGCCAUACCACAACAGGCUAUCCCUGACAAAGAUGCCAGUCAGAACAGAUCCCAAGAGAGCAGUGGUCAUAUGAUGAAUACACUACGAAAUGACUUGCAGCUGAGUGAAUCUGGAAGCGAUAGUGAUGACUGAACAAAUUUUUGGCCUUAAAUGUAUCACCUUUUUUGCUAAAUGUGUCUUAGCAUCUGUUUUGCACUAAGAUUAGAUUACCAGAGACUGGAAUGAAUGUCCUCGAUUUUGAUAAUAGACAUCCUAAUUUUCUACUGACACAUCACAUCUAUAAUACAGCAGCAUUGAUAUCCUGUCAGUGCUAUGGUUAUGUGUUUAUCUUUCAAAUUACUGUAUUUACAGUAAAAUUGUGUAUGAUCUGAUUUUGAUUAUUUUUGCCUCAGCCACCUGUUUUACUUGAAACUGAUUUGUAACAGCUAGUUACUUUAUAUAAAUAGUCAUGGAAUGGAGAAAUUUCUGAUAUUUAUGGAGGCAAGUUUCCUUCCUAUCAUUUAAAUGCUGAAUGCUGAUCUCACAACUUUUACUUGGAGGGAGUGAAAGGGAGAACAACUAAAUGAGGUCUGCUGUGUCAGCUACACUGUUUGUUCAGUUCACAGUUCAUACCUUUAAGGAAACUGCUGAAUAAUGUGGUCCACUAGUGCAGUUACAGUUUACAAUUGUUCAACACAUUGCUGAAUUCUUAAUUUCAUUGUAUUAUAGGACUUUAUAUCUCUGAGCCUCAAGAUUCCUAAGGGAACUUGUCUAUUCUCUGCCUUUUUUUAUGUAACUUGAAUAGGCUGGUCUUUUUACAACCUUUUUGUAUCUGAAUUUAGAUAACUGCAGAGACAGCAAUGAAUUUCCUUCAUUUAAUUCUGUAACGGAAAUCAGAAAAUUUCUUUGUAGGAAUAUAAAAGUAAUUUAAUAAAGCAAUAUUUAUAAU